GAAUGGGUUGAGCUUUACUAUUAAAGUGGCCCUUGACCAUGGCUCGUGUUUAGCGGCAAUAAAACCACGUCAUCUAUGGAUGGGUAUCAAAUCACAUUUGAGCAUUAAAAAAACUACCAUUGGCACCACUUGGGUGCGUUCUCUUUGUCCUCCAUGGAUAGGAUGAGAGUAUGGCUUUUGAUAAUGUUGUACUUAUUACAAAGCAAGACACUUAGAAUGAAGAGAACUCAGAGAAGAAUGGGUCAAAGGAGAUUGAGAAAGGCAAAGAGAAAGAGUCAAAGGCAAAGGGAAAAGGAAAGGAAGUUCAAGUGGAUAUUGCUACUGUGGUGGAGAGGGGUAAGCGGUCAAGUGACCACUUGGACAUUUGUGAAGAGGCUUUUCUGUGAAAUGAUCAUAAAUGAUGAGAACCCUUUUAGCGUGGUUGAGAAGUUAGGUGAAGAGUUAGGUGAUUUACUUGAGUCUUGUUUGAGGGAUUGGGGGAUAGAGAAUGUGUUUGCACUUACUAUUGACAACGCAUUUGUUAAUCAUGGUGCUAUGAAGGUGGUUAAGGAUGCAUUGAACAAGUGGGGGAGUAGUGUUUUAGGCAAAGAUGAGUUGCACAUGAGGUUUGCAACUUACAUUAUCAAUCUGGUUGUGCAAGAUGAAAAAGUUUCUGGGUCUUUGUAUACCACAUGCAACUUGUAUUUUCCGAAGAUAUGUGAAGUGCAUUGCCUCUUGAACACUUGGGAAAAGAUUGUGAAAUUGUCCUCAAUGGCAAGUAACAUGAGAAUCAAGUUCAACAAGUAUUGGGAUAACCCUUUGAAGAUGAAGAACAUCUUCAUUGCUGUUAUCUUGGAUCCAAGGCAUAAACUUGGUUUUGUUCAAUUUCUGUUGGGAAGGAUGUAUGGAGAAGAAUUAGGAAGGGUGUAUGGUGAGAUGGUGAAGAAUGAAUGCAUCAAGCUGUUUGAUGCAUACAAAAGAAUGUUGUGUGCUGAGAUGGAUUCAAAGAGCCCUAGGUUCCCAACUGUUGCUGCAAUAGCUAAAGAUGUCUUGGACGUGCCAAUCUCUACAGUUGCUUCAGAAUCUACAUUUAGCACAGCAAGUAAAGUGCUUGAUGCAUUUAGAAGCUCCUUGCCACCAAGAAUGAUUCAAGCACUAAUUUGCACACAAGAUUGGCUAAGGUCUAAGUUAAAACAACUUAUUGAUUUAGAGGAUGGGGAUGAGUUGGGGAAACUUGAGAAAGAUAUGAAAAAGCUGCAUCUUGUUGCAGCCAUCAUUGAGUGAUGGUUUGUUUUAUGACCCUAUCUUUUCUUCUCUUUUCAAAUCCAAAUCCAACCUCCAUAGCCUCCACAUCAUCAUGCCAACUAGAGACCCACUAUCACCUCGCCAUUGGAUGAUCAAUUUAUGCACUGAGAGUUUUUCUUUUUUCCCUUGGUUUUGCAUUUACAAUGCCUCAUCUUUUGUUCUCUUUGUAAAUUUGUGAUCCAAAUCCAGCCUCUAUUGCAUCAU